AAUAUUAUACUUUACAGUUUAAUUAAAUAUAUUUGAUUAAGUUUAUGAUACAAGAGUAUAGACAUAGAUUAUUAAUAUUAAAAAUAAUAGAUAAUUUUAUACUGACAAUCAAUAGAAAUUUAUUGAAUAACUUGAAGUUGAAUAAUUUAAUGCCAUUAUACUUUUAUAUUGCAGUAAAUAACAAUUACGAAGUAUUGUAGAACAGUUUAUCGUCGGUUAGCAAGUCUUGUUCCGUUUAAAUUUGUAAGAUAAAAUUCAGUAUAUUUAAAAUGUAUGUGUUAAUAAUAUAAUCAAUGGAAAUUGCAAUGAAAGGCUGGCAUUCCACGGGAAAGCCUAACAUGAAGUCUAACGAAUGUAUAAAAUUGCCACAAUAUAAAUCAUGGUCAGAAAUAUCAUCAGAUUGUAAAACUAAAGAACAAUCAAGGUCCCAACCUGUAAGAAUAACACAAUUGCUUGAUUCAAAAACAAUUAAUCGCAAUGCACGCAAAAGAGCACAACCAGAGAGAUUAAAAAAAGUUCUUUCUAAUGAGAAGAAAGUAGGAUUAAUUCAAAAGAAUAAUGUUAAAGAAAAAUCACAACAAAAAGAUUUAAUGAAGACAAGUCUUUACAAUAAACAUAUACUAUCUAAUAUUAACAGUAACAAAAAAGAUAUGUCCUCUAAUUUAAUUAGAUGUGAUCGGAAAGUACGGAGAAAUUUAAAUUUAAAUUUUGUAUCUCCAAAACAAAAAAUGGAGAAAAAUAAUAGUACAGUAUUACCAGAGAUUCAAGAAAAAAACAAAAUUUGUUCAAAUUCAAGUAAUUAUUGUAAUUCAAAAAGUUUUCUUUUACCUCCAAAUUUUAUAAAAAGUAUGUAUUUGAAGCAACGAUGUAGCAAAGUUAUGCCAUCAUCUACUGUUUCUACUAAAAACGAUAUGACAACGAAUUUAGACAUGCUUGAAGCUUCAGAGAAUUUAAAUAUUAAGAAUCCUAAUGUACAAAUUUGUUCUUUUAUACAAAGUACGCAUGAUAAUUCACAAACGGAAGUUAAUUUGAAGUUACAAAAACUUUUACAAUACGAUUGUGAAAAUAAAAGAAAUACAUUACAUAAUUCUAUUGAUAACGAAGUACCGUUAUCUUGUGAUGAAAGUGUAUUUAUAAGAAAAAAUAUGACAUCAAUAGAUAAUAAAAUACAAAAAGAAGAACAUUGUAAUAUAAAUAGAAGUAAUUCUUCUAUGAAUAAAAGUAUUGAUAAUUUAAAAGAUUCAUGCAAUGAAUUAAAAAAUAUAAUUUUCACAGAAGGAUCAGAAGUGUCUGUAAAUGAUAAUAGUGUAGGUUUUUCAAAGAAAGACCAUUUAUAUGUAGAUAGAAAUGCUAUCGUGUCUUUAAAAUCCUCUUUAGAAGACUUGUUAAAUAUAUUUCAAGAUAAUGCUUUAAAGACAGAUUUAGUAUUAAAACGUAUUAACAAACUAUUGUAUGUUAAUACUGAUUCAAUGGAGGAACAGGUUCAUACUGUUGAUUCUAACGGUAAAAUAAUGAAAGAAACUAUGCAAAUGUACCAUGAAGAGAAAGCAGAAAAACAUAAUAUUGAUAUUAUAAACAGCAAAUCAAAGAAAAAUAAUAAUAAGGCAAGAACAGAAGCACCAGCUGAAUUAAGCGGAGCAGAUAAAGAAAAUGAUAUUUACAAGAAUUUAGAAUUUCAAUUUGAUCAUAACAAAUCUUUGCAACUAAGUCCACAGGUUCUUCAAAUCACUAUACCUAAUUAUACUAAGUUUGGUGAGUCAGCUUUGCAAGACUACAUAAACUUAAAGUCAUCCCUUAAUUUUUUAGAAACACCAUCUAAUAAAAAGUUCAAACCACGCAUACAAAAAAAUAGAAACGUAGUACCUAAUAUUCCUAAAGAUAAAUCAUAUCUUUCUACAAAAAUUUUUACAGAACUACAAAAUUUAUAUGACGAAUAAAUAAAUACAUAUGAUAUACAUGCAUGCUAAUAUGCAUCUAUACAGGAUGAUUUUAAACAAAUAUCUUAAUAUUUAUAAGUAUAUUUUAUACUUUAAAUUUGAGAAAAAAUCUUAAAUUUGGAUCUACAAUUUUUUUGUUUCUAUGAUAAAUCAAUUUUGCUUUGGCAUGAACAUAGCUUAUUGUGAUUGUAUAAUUAAUCACAAGUAAUAAAAAUAUUCUUUAUUCUUAAAUACAUUUAGCAUCACAUGAAUAUUUUACACAUUGCCAUAAAAUUCAACAUAUUCUGAAUUAUAUUACGUGCAAAUUUAAUGCUUAUUUAUAGUUCUUGUUUGACUGUUAACAUAGCUAUUUCUUAUGUAAUACAAAAAAUAUUUUAUGUAUGCAUAUUGAAAUCAAAAAUUUAUUCAUUUCUGAAAUAAGAAGUUUGUAGGCUCGUGCUUAUUAGGAUUUUUUCUCAAAUUUAAGGCAAAUUUUAAAUUAUAAUCGUAACAAAAUUUAAGAUUUCAUAGAUGUUGUUUUUAAUAUUAAUAUCUUUCAGUUCAUAUCAAUUUAUGUCGAUUGAAAUGAUAUAUAUUUAUACAUUUUAUUAGAACAAAUAUAUUUAUUUAAUCUUUUAUGAUUAUAUAAUUUAUAAAUAAAAUCAAUACUAUUAUAGUAUCAAAAU